UGAAAAGGGAAAUUUGAAAGCGCAAUUACACUAGUGCACACAGAAAGUGUGGGUCCCUCAUGGAGGUGAUAGUACUGUUUCUUCCAUGCUACCGGGGUAUCUACUACUAAAUCAAGUGGUGUUUUUUUAAAUAACUUGUUUAACUGUGAUUCUUUUUGUAUGUAUUUGUUUUUUCUUUUUUUUAAACCAGGAUAAUAUUUGAUAAUUUGAUGUGUUUAAUAUGAGUCUCCUCCGAACACUUUCAAAAAGGAGACUUUUCAAAGAAAGGAUAGCCGGCUCGUGGUGUUCUAGUAGCAGGUAUUCAACAAGCAAAAACGGAAAUGUGGACAUCGAAUUUGGAAUCGAUCGUGCAUCACUUCGCAUCGGGGUCAGCGAGUUCGCCGGCUUCGCGGACGGCUGUUGUGUCGCCGGACUUGGUGACACUUCAGUCAUGGUGACAGCAGUGAGCAAGGAAAAACCGUCUUCAACCUCUUUUCUACCUCUCACGGUUGACUACAAACAGAAGGCGGCCGCAGCCGGCAGGAUCCCGACCAGCUCCCACCGUAGGGACACCUAUUCAGAACAGGAGAUCCUAGUGAGCAGGUUGAUUGACAGGUCAUUGCGACCUUUAUUCGCUUCAGACUACUUUUACGAGACGCAGCUGAUCUGCAACCUCCUUGCCCUAGAUGGUAUCAAUGAUCCUGAAGUGCUUUCCAUUAAUGCAGCUUCUGCUGCGCUCAGCUUGUCUGACAUACCUUGGAAUGGCCCUGUAGGCGCCGUCCGGGUCGGGCUCCAGGAUGACACUGUCAUCCUAAACCCAACGAGAAGGGAACUGUCUAACAGUUCGCUUAAUAUGGUUGUGACGGCGGCAAAUCAGAACCUAGUCAUUAUGCUUGAAGCCUGUGCGAAUAACAUUUUACAGCCGGAUUUCCUCAAAGCAGUCAAAACAGCCGUUCAAGAGUGUCAAAAGAUAGUACAUGGGAUAUCGCAACUGCAGAAACACCAUGGGAAAAAAAAGAGACCUUUCGAGCCUAAGGAGUUAGAUGAAAAUUUGUUAAACACAGUAAAAAGUGAAUCAGAGUCGAUACUAAAAGAAAUUUUCCAGGAUUUCUCUCACGAUAAACUCUCAAGGGAUAAUGCAGUGAAAGAAGUCAAAGUCAAAGUGAUUGAAAAAAUUCGACAGGAAAGGCCUGAAGUCAGCAUAGAAACCUUAAACGGAAUGUUUGAUUUGGUGUGGAAAGAGACAUUUAGGUCUCUAGUGCUCCACACAGAUGUGAGAUGUGACGGUCGAACUCUUACACAGCUCAGGCACAUAAGGUCGAAUGUAGACAUGUUCAAACCUCUCCAUGGUUCUGCAUUUUUUCAAAGAGGUCAGACACAAGUUUUAUGUACGGUCUCGUUAGAUUCGAUAAAUUCUGCACUUCACAUGGACCCCAUUACAAUGCUGACUAGCGGGUUGAAAGAAAAAAACUUUUUCUUGCAUUAUGAAUUUCCCCCUUAUGCAGUGAAAGAGGUCGGGAGGUUGGGUCCCGCAAUGAGAAGGGAGGUUGGCCAUGGGGCUCUUGCAGAGAAGGGCUUGAGAGCUAUCGUACCAAGUAACUUCCCAUUUACAAUACGUCUGACGUCUGAAGUUCUUCAGUCAAACGGGUCAUCAUCUAUGGCGUCCAUCUGUGCUGGCAGCUUAGCACUCCUUGACGCCGGUGUCCCCAUUACCAGCCCUGCUGCAGGUGUAGCAAUCGGUUUAAUAACCAAGUACGAAGGGAACGAUACCAAACAUAUCCAAAACUAUAAAAUACUUACUGAUAUUCUCGGCAUUGAAGACUACAUGGGUGACAUGGAUUUCAAAAUCGCCGGUACAAAAAAGGGAAUCACUGCACUACAGGCUGAUAUUAAAAUCCCAGGCCUGCCUCUGAAAAUCGUCAUGGAGGCCAUUCAAGCAGGUUGGGAAGCCAAGUCAAAAAUCAUAGAUAUAAUGAAUUCAACGAUCAGCGAACCAAGAGAGGAAAAGAAAAUCUCAUGGCCAGUAACAGAUGUCUUAGAUGUACCGGUUCACAAAAGGGGAAAAUUACUCGGCCAAGGAGGUAUUCACCUAAAACAGCUUUUCAUCAAUAACGGUGUUCAAGUUACCUUCCAAGAAGAAACAGACAACUAUCAAAUUUUUGCACCUAACCAGCUGGCAAUGGACGAGGCCAUGGAGCAGAUAUCUACAUGGCUCUCUCAAGAGAAAGAACCCUUAUUGGAAUUCGGUGCUAUUUACACUGCCAAAAUCACAGAGCUCAGGGAAAAUGGUGUCAUGGUCACACUUUACAACAAUAUGCGUCCAGCGCUCCUUCACAAUAAUCAGCUCGACCAGAGAAAAGUCAGUGACCCCAGAGUCCUUGGAUUCGAAGUUGGCCAAGAGAUUCAAGUCAAGUUUUUCGGGCAUGACCCUGUAUCUGGGCAAAUGAGACUUUCGAGGAAGGUCCUCAUGGGUCCUGCCUCCAGUUUAGUUCAAAACUUGCAGAAAACUGAUAGCUAGUCUUUAAAUUUAAACAUAAAACUUACAAUUAGACUUGUACAUAUUUAGUGUUGUUGUAUAUAUAUUUUUUUUAAACAAUUAUGAAUAAAAAAUUUGAUGGCUUAUUUGUAGUUA